AUGCACAUCCUCAUCGCCGAAGACAAUAAGGUAAACCAAAAGAUCUUCCGCAAAAUGCUUGAAUGGCUGGAUCCAAGCAUCACUAUAGCCGUCGCCUGGAACGGGGGUGAGGCACUAGACUACCUCUCCAAUCCAUCGCCGGCAUGUCCGCGGCCGGAUAUAAUUCUUAUGGAUACCUCAAUGCCCGUAAAGGGCGGGUUCGAGGUCGUGGAGAUCCUACGUACACAGCAACCCUAUAUCGCAGAUAUGCAGCUGUCGUCCACGCCCAUCGUCGCAUUGACGGCACAAAUGAGGACAGAAUACACUGUACAGUUCCACUUUGCGAAGGGAUUUGAUGAUGUUCUCUGGAAGCCGUUUCGUAGGGCGGAUUUGCACCGGGUGUUGAUGUAUUGGAGUACGCACGGGAGGCGGGCUGUGCCGCGCCAUGGGGUGCUGCAGGCUCCAAUGACUGGAGGGAGGGUUCCCAUUCGGAGUUUGAGGGCGCAGUGGGGCCUUGGGUCGAGACGCCGCCAGUAUAAUGGACCGACGAGUCUGCUUUGA